CCAGCCCCGCAGGCCCCGCCCCCUCUGCUUCUGGGUGCUCCCCGCCGCUCCCGCGUGCGCUGAAGAUGGCGGUCGCAGUGGGAAGGUUGCUCCGGGCCACGGUUGCCCGACAUGCGAGUGCCAUUCCUCGGGGCAUCUCUGCCUCUGCAGCCCUUAGGCCUGCUGCUUCUCGAAGGACAGGCUUGACCAAUGUAUUAUGGCCUGCUUCCAGUCAAGCAAAACUUGCCUUCAGCACCAGUUCCUCGUAUCGCGCUCCUGCCGUCACCCAGCACGCGCCCUAUUUUAAAGGCACAGCCGUGGUCAAUGGAGAGUUCAAAGAACUAAGCCUUGAUGACUUUAAGGGGAAAUAUUUGGUGCUCUUCUUCUAUCCUCUGGAUUUCACCUUUGUGUGUCCCACAGAAAUCAUUGCUUUCAGUGACAAAGCCAAUGAGUUCCGCGAUGUGAACUGUGACGUUGUCGCCGUUUCUGUGGACUCCCACUUCAGCCAUCUCGCCUGGAUCAACACCCCGAGGAAGAAUGGCGGUUUGGGCCACAUGAACAUCCCACUGUUGUCAGAUUUGACUAAGCAGAUUUCCCGAGACUACGGUGUGCUGUUAGAAGGUCCUGGUCUUGCACUAAGAGGUCUCUUCAUCAUUGACCCCAAUGGAGUCAUCAAGCAUCUGAGUGUCAAUGAUCUCCCGGUGGGCCGAAGCGUGGAAGAGACCCUCCGCCUGGUGAAAGCAUUCCAGUUUGUGGAAGUCCAUGGAGAAGUCUGCCCAGCAAAUUGGACCCCAAAUUCUCCUACGAUCAAGCCGCAUCCAACUGCUUCCAAAGAAUACUUUGAGAAGGUAAAUCAGUAGAUCGUCUAACGUACACCUGCAGCUUCUCGAUAGAACCACAGUUGGAGCUCAUUUUUAGCAUCUCAAAGAUGAUUAUGUGUAGAAAGCAAAAAUCAAUUAUGUUUGCAUUCAUAAGUAAUAUUCUAUAAAUGUUUUGUUUUUGUAACAUUGGCUAAGGCUUUUUAAACAUGGUUACUAACAUGAGUCCUUUAUUGGUAACUUCUUGAUGGCUAGCUAGUUUAUAGACUACCUAGUUCACCUGUUUCUUUGAUCAUGUCUUCAAUAAGAAACUCUCUCCUUAGCCUUACCUGAACCUGUGUACACCAGUGUAGGACAAGUAGCGAAAGCCUCUGAUCAAGAGUCCUGAAAUUUUCUUUCUGAAUUUCUUUGUAUUAAACUGAAUUUUUUUUAAGGUAACAGGAUCAUAGCUUUAAGUUUUAGUAUUAGCAGUCUAAUGUAACUCUUGGAGUGGAGAUAUAUUUGAUUGAAACAAUGUGAAUCAUGUAUUUAAAAAAAACAGUGGCAAAGUGACCUAACUGAUCAUGCAUGCUCCUCAUCCCUGAGAUUUGUAGUUUCAAUAGUUAUUUUGUUUAUUUUAUUUGUUAGCUGACUUUGUGUCUGCAUACAUUUCUAAAUAUUGAUUGAAGGUAAUUAUAGGGGAUAUUUAUUUAAUCCAGGAAUUGCAUUUUGAAAUCAUUGUAAUUAUAUUUUCUGAGGCACUCAAUGUAAAGCAUAUAAUAAAAAAAUAAAUAUAUUUUAAAAUAUUU